AUGAAGCUGCUUGUUUGUUGCCUCCUAGCCAUCACCUGUUGUGUUUUGGCGAAUGUAGACAAGGUCGAGAGAAUAAUGAAGCUGACUGAAGUACUAAAGGAGUUAAGACAACUGAACAAAAGUGUGGAGCACAACGGCGUGAUGUUGAACACUCCUACCCUGGAUAUAGAGGAGUGCUGUUUCCUAUCUGCCUUGGAGUGCUUCCAGAAGAUGGUACCUCGUCUCAACGCCAAACUAAAGAAAUUGCAGCGUAAAGUUAUCAAAAACCUCAGCCCACUGACUUUUAGAGGUGUGGACUCCUGCAGUCGGGAGGAGAGAGAGAACAAAGUCUGCCAAGGAUGUGAUUCCUACCCAAUGAAGGACAGCAGGGAAUUUGUACAACAGUUGGAAUCUCUUCUUCAACAGACCGAGCCCGCCUCAGCACAGCACGACCAGACCAGGCCCACCACAGCUCUACUAAACCCGAGCCAUCACAUCACAGCACAGCACAACCAGACCCGGCCCAUCACAGCACAACUCUACCAGACCCGGACCAUCACAGCUAGUUUUGGUAACCCUCCCUACUCCCAUCCCCAGGACAGGCCUGAGACACUCCUGCCCCAACCAUGCAACAGGAGCCACACCAAGGCCUCCUGUGCACACCCAGAAUGGAGCAUUGGCAGCCACUCCGGUCCACUGCAGCAGCUCCACUCCUUUGGAGGGAGCUUCAUCCGGGUGGACUGA